AACAAAGUAUUAUAUGGUAUGUUGAUUGUUGUACAGUGUCCUUGUGUGUCUUGAAAGGCGCUUAUAAAUACAAUUUAUUAUUAUUAUUAUUAUUAUUAUUAUUAUUAUUGUUAUUAUGUGGUUAAUGUGCUGAUAAACUGUGAUUUGGGUAAAAAGUAACUAACUUUAUUCUGAAUUAAAAUUCCGGAAAUGCUGCUGUUCAUUGCCGCCACCUUGACGCAGCUUCCUGCAAACACACACCGUCUCUUGGCGAACAUGGCGGCAACUUGACAACGGCAGCGAAGAUGAAGACGGCGAGGGCUUGAAAAAGGGAAAAGAGGUUUGUCACAGGCUGCAGGGCCCAUCCGGCCGACACGAACACAGACAGCUUCGCCAUGUUGGAAGAGGAUAGCGCCCUUGUCCCUGCACGACCGAGGCCGGGGAAAACGUAAAAACGCGUCGGUGAGUGUUUCGAAAAACGGGGAGUCGAGGCUACGCAGAGGAGCGGAGCGGCAGCGGCGGCGAAGAGCUCAGGGCGGACGGGGAGGACACAGGCUUCACCGGUCAGCCAUGGAGGAUGCGGCCCGUGGUCGCCAGCGUCUGAUUUGCCACCCGGCCCACGCGCAUUUUGAUGGGAAUUACCGCUGAACGCAAAAGGCAAGCCGGGACAACCCACCCGCCUGACAACUGAGGGGAGGAAAACGCGAAGCGGACCCCCACGUCAAUGACUGUUGCGGCAGAGGAGCCCCCACGGUGGAGUCGGCCGGUUCCCAAAAUAUGACCAGGGGUGCUGGGACGUGUUGGCAGCAAGAAGAUGACGACGGCUUCCAAAUCUGGCUAGAGCCCCCCCGCGACAACCAAAAGCCAUUCACCGACUCCGAGAGGGCGCAGAGAUGGCGACUGUCCUUGGCAUCCCUCUUGUUCUUAACCAUCCUCCUCUCUGAUCACCUGUGGUUCUGCGCCGAGGCCCGGACCCGGGUCAAGUUCGCACCCUCCCACCUCUUGUCACCCCAGACCCACUCAGCACACAGCAGCCUCAGAGGAAACCCAGCUAUUUUUAUAGGAAACUCCACCAGACAUCUGUGGCGGCUCGAAACUUGCCACCAGGAUAGUUUAUCUAAAGACUGCUUCACCCUCGCGAACGCCGACGAUUUGUGCGAGGGCCUCUCCGACAAAGAGGGCACCCGGGCUGUAAAUAUGAGCGAUUUGUACCUCUCCUUUUGUAACUCCUACUCUCUGCUGGAUUUGUUCUACGGGUCGACGAGUCCGGACAAUUUGAACUGCAGCCUCGAGUUGCUCACCGAUGACACCAACAGAUGCAGCGAGUGCGUGCAGGCGUACCAGCGCUACGACCAGCACGCCCAGGAGAAAUACGAGGACUUUGAGCUGCUCACUCAGAAAUACGAGCCGGGGGCUUAUUCGGUGAGGACGUGCAUGGAGCAGUGCAAGAUGGCCUAUAAGCCCUGGCUCUGCGCUCAGUAUUUCCCCACCACCCCGCAUUCCUGUGAGAGGAGGGUCCCGUGCCACCAGUACUGCCUGGAGGUCCAGCAGAGCUGUCCGUUCAUCCUGCCAGAUAACGACGACCUGAUCCACGGCGGCAGCCCAAGCUUCAUCUGCACAGGGCUCUUGGGAGAAUAUCUAUCAGACAGUGAAGCGGAGUGCUGCGAUGUCCGAUGGGACUCCAAAAUGGACAACCCUUCAGGCGAGACACUAAAAAGGACUGCAUCUUCCUGCCAGCCCGAGGGGGCCUCAGUCACCUCAGCUGCCACCUCGAGACUGUGCAGCGGGCGACUGAAGAUCUGCCUCCUGGCCCUUGUCCUCCUACACACUGUCAUCAUCAUUUCAGCCUCCCAUAAUUCCACGUUGGUGGGCGUGGCUGCCAUUUUCUCGCCCGAGGAGAGCACUUCUAACGAGGAGUGAACCUUGGGGGAUGAAUUUGGUUGCUUGUAAAAGGUGAUGUCAUCCAGAGGAUUAUGGCUUUUACAAAUGGCAUGGCUGCCAGGGACACACCUGGCGAGACAUGCAGAAUAUGCCUCUACAAUCUACCACAGGAAGUGGGAAGGUUUUAACUGGAGCUAAGGGCGCUGGGAUUGGACAUCGACCAAACCGAGAUGUUUGAAAACCAACCCCCCUGAAGAACUGACCUCUUGCCACUUGAAACCUGCUCAUUGUUUCUAUUCCAUCCAAAUGUUUUUUGAGCAUAUUGUCCCUCCUCUUCUUCUCUCCCUCCCUCCUUUCCUUCCUUCCCUCCCUCCUUCCCUACCCUAACGUUUUCAAAGUGUGUCCGGAUGGCAGAGGGGAAAAUAUGGACAUUGAUGAAGUGUGCACUCUCACUCGUCAUUACCUUUAGAUUUUUGUUGCAUUUCUUUCAGGUGCCAGAAUGUUUUGACAUAUCAACUGUGUUCCACUUCCUGCUCUUCAACACCUUCGAGGCGUCUUCUUACAACCUUUGUAUGUGUUGCUUGAGGGGCCUGCCAGGACCAUCUGAUCCAUCAUCAUUCAUAUGGGUCUUGUUUCUCUGAAAACAAAAUGUAUGUUCUUCAAUAUUCUAAUGUUCUGCUUGUAUUUUGUCACACUUGGAACUUAUUUUCAACCCCCUUUUUGGCGGUACAUGCCUACACAUUUUAGGACCUUAAGUGCUCUGAGACUGGCUCACUUUCUCUUCUAACUUGUUGGGCCAUUGAGCAAGUUGGGAGUGACCAAGUGGCUAACGUAGUGAAGGGUUCAGCUAAUGAUGACAAGGUGUUGCAGGAGCUAAUGGGCUCCUAAACAGGAAGUGGUGUUCUCUAGGUUCUGAAGUGUUCAGUUUACCUCACAUGGUAGUCUCGGUGUUGCAGAUAGGCAGCCCGGUGGCUCGUCUGAACGCCGCAGUAUUUAGAGAAGUCGUACAUAAGGCUGCAGGGACAACCCAGGGAUACUAGAGAACAGUUGCAUGAUGCCAAAACACCAAGGACCUCAUUUAUCAACCAUGUGUAUACUUGUUUCUAUGCACAGAAUCAAUUUUUUUCCAUGCUUGAGAAUCUCUGAAAAUGCAUCACCUGUAGGAAUUUGAAUUAAAACAUGGAAACCACCUGCAUGGUGAAUGAUGUUAGCAUAU